GAAAAACAGAUAUCAAGCUCGAAUGGCAUAAAUAUUAUUAUUAUAAAAGCUGAGCCAUAAUCAAAUUAUUAUUUUUUACAUUUUUUCCUAAUUAAAAUCCGAAUAUUAAUUUGCUAGUGUAAGAAUAAAAAUGAUUUUCAGGCAUCUGAGAUAUUUUCUUGGUCAUCAUCAAUUGGAAAAAUAAUGGCCGAUCAGAGUUCAGCUGUACUAGAAGUGUCGGUUGAGGAAAAAGGCGUAUCUCUAAUGUCUCCGACCGCUCUGAACGACUUGCCAAUAUCAGCGCCGUUUCCGUCGCACGACAUGCAUCCAAAGUUGAAUUUUCAGCAAGACAUUCAAGUACAAGUGGAAAACCCUCAGAAAAUAAUCGAACCCCUAGAAACGUACAUUACCUAUCGAGUGACUACCAAAGUGGACCGCCCUGAUUUCAAAGAUAAAGAAUACGUUAUUCGUCGGCGGUACAACGAUUUUGUGUGGUUAAGACAAAACGUUGCGGCGGAAUAUCCCGAACGUAUAGUGCCGCCUUUGCCAGCUAAACAUUCUAUUCUCGGCCAACUAGACAGGUAUUCAAAAGAGUUUGUCUCGUGUCGUAUGAAACUGUUGGAACGUUUCCUCUCACGGUUAGUGUGCCAUCCUGUACUAUCGGAAAACUGUCAUCUUCGAGUGUUUCUAACAGCCAACGCUACAGAGUUUGCUACCUACAAAAAACGCGGUACGGGUUUGCUGAGACGCAUGUCUAAUAGUUUGAACACAAUGGCCGGAUCGUAUAACUCUAGACAGGUUGAUUUUGAGUUUGAUCCAAUUAGACAUCAUCUGCAAGGUUUAUCUGAAAAAUUGACCAUGCUAGAAAAAGUAGCUCAGCGAAUUCACAAAGAGAGAAAAGAAUUGUGCGUGGAGUCGCAUCAGUUGGGGGCAGCAUUUAUUGAAUGGUCUUCUAAUGAACAGUCAGUGUCGGUUGCUCUGUCUCGUAUCGGCCAUACCAUCACCGCCAACAGUUCCGCGUUGCGACUUAAUUUGCUGUCCAAUUUUCACAGCGACUGGUCACAACCACUCAAAGACUACGUGAACUACAUUGAAUGUGUUCGGGAAACGCUCAGCAGGAGAGACGCUUUGCAAUCGCAAUACGAACAGUCUGUCACGGAAUUGGAGAGGAAAAAGGCUGACAAAGACAAGGUUGCUAACGACGAAAGACCGCUCAUGUCGUUUUGGUCGUCGAAAUCCGAAACCGACAAAGAAGAAAGAAUCGAGAAGAUCACGCAGAUCAUUCCGAAACUGGUGUCCGUCACCGAGGCCAAUCAGGAACGUUUGGAUUCUUGUAGCGAUAUUUUCAAAGACGAAUACGAACUGUGGAAAUGUCAGAAAAAGGCAGAUUUCAAAAACAUGCUGACCGCUUUGGCGGAAAGCCAUAUACAGUAUUAUCAACAUUGUGCCACGUCAUGGGAUUUGGUGUUUAAGCGCAUGACAACAGAGUAAAAAAAAAAACGAAUCGAGCUUAUUUAUUUUAAAAAACAUCUACAUAAAACUUAGACAAGGUAUAUAUUUU